AUGGGAUCCGGCUCCUCAACUUACCGACCCAAGUGUAUUUAUUUGGAUAUUGAUGGAAGAAUUCAAAAGGUGGUCUUCAGUAAAUACUGCAAUUCCAGAGAUAUUGUGGACCUCUUCUGCAUUGCAACUGGGUUACCAAGGAACACAACUAUUUCACUUUUGACGGUUGAUAAUUGCAUGGUAUCCAUCGAUCCAACAAUGCCAGCAAACUCAGAGAGUACGCCGUAUAAAGUGAGACCUGUGGCCUCUGGACAGUUAUCAGAGAAAGAGGAAUUGUUCCAGAGUGUAUUGACGCAGGUUGCUGAACAAUUCUCAAGGGUGUUUAAAAUCAAUGAACUGAAAACUGAAGUAGCAAAUCACUUGGCAAUGCUGGAGAAAAAAGUUGAACUGGAAGGACUGAAAGUAGUAGAGAUCGAGAAAUGCAAGAGUGACAUUAAAAAGAUGAGGGAGGAAAUGGCAGCAAGAAGCACCAGGACCAGCUGUCCCUGUAAGUACAGCUUCAUAGAUGAAAACAAGAAGUUGACACCCCGAAGAGACGUACCAUCCUAUCCAAAGUACAUGCUGUCUCAGGAGACCAUAGAAGCACUUCGGAAACCAACGUUUGACGUCUGGCUGUGGGAGCCCAAUGAGAUGCUGAGUUGUUUGGAACAUAUGUACCAUGAUCUCGGAUUGGUGAAAGACUUUAAUAUCAACCCCAUCACGCUGAAGAGAUGGUUGCUGUGUAUUCAUGACAAUUACAGAAACAACCCGUUCCAUAAUUUCCGGCACUGCUUCUGUGUGACUCAGAUGAUGUACAGUAUGAUCUCACUCUGCAAUCUCCAGGAGAAAUUUUCCCAAGUUGAUAUCUUAAUUCUAAUGACUGCCGCAGUAUGCCAUGAUUUGGAUCAUCCAGGAUACAACAACACCUACCAGAUUAAUGCCCGAACAGAGCUUGCAGUGCGCUACAAUGACAUCUCGCCACUGGAGAACCAUCACUGUGCUGUGGCUUUCCAGAUCAUUGCCCAGCCAGAAUGCAACAUUUUCUCCAAUGUCACCCAGGAACAAUUCAAACGAAUAAGACAGGGGAUAAUUACAUUAAUCCUAGCAACAGACAUGGCAAGACAUGCAGAAAUACUGGACUCUUUCAAGGAAAAAAUGGAUCAUUUUGAUUACUCAAAUGAGGAACAUGUGACCUCUUUGAAGAUGGUACUUAUAAAAUGUUGUGAUAUCUCGAAUGAAGUCCGCCCGAUGGAAGUAGCGGAACCAUGGGUAGACUGCUUAUUAGAGGAAUAUUUUAUGCAGAGUGACCGAGAAAAGUCUGAGGGACUUCCAGUGGCACCUUUCAUGGACCGAGAUAAAGUGACCAAACCAACAGCACAGAUCGGGUUCCUUAAGUUUGUCCUGAUCCCAAUGUUUGAAACAGUAACAAAGCUUUUUCCAGAAGUUGAUGAAGUGAUGCUCCAACCUCUUUGGGAAUCCAGAGACCGCUACGAGGAAUUAAAACAACUAGAUGAUGCUAUGAAAGAGUUACAAAAGAAGAAAAGCACAAGUUUGACAACUGACAGCACAGAGAAGUGA